CGAUGGCAGAGAGCCUCCGUGCCGUGUUUGCCGCGUUCCUGUGGCAUGAAGGCAUCGUCCACGACGCUAUGACCUGCGCGUCAUUUUUGAAGUUUUAUCCGAGUCUUCCCAAGAACGGAGCUGUGGUGACGAAACGGAUGACUGAAAGGAACAAGGACCGCGGCCCGCAGAGGCAUUCGGUGGAAGUGACGACCGGCGCAGGCGGUUACCGGCACAUCCGACCCAACGAAGUGAACAGGCCGAAGCCUGGAAUGGCGUUACCCGCCGAGGGUGCCAUCACCGAGGAGAGCAUGACCAGUUCCAGUAACUCGGAACUAGCAGACAGCCAUCACGCGCAACCGGAACCGUCCGGGGGUGGAGGCGAGUGUCGGACCACCGUCAAUUUUCUGCCGCCUGCCCUCAACUGCAUGGUCAGGUUGUGGGACCAGAUCGCGGCCGACAUGUUACAGAUAAUAACUUCAGUUGGCGUGGUGCGCAAGUCUUCUCCUAGGCGGACAGCGGACAGUAGCGGUGAAAACGGCGAAAACGACGGCGACAGGUCGUCAGUGGAUCCGACCACGCACGCUCACAACGAGCGGAUAUUCCGGCGACUGGUGCCCAACUACCAGGCCAAGGAGCCCAUGUCGUGCGAGCUGUGCGGCGACACGUUUGCCGUGCCCGUGUCCUAUCACAUGCUUACCACUCACCCGGGAUGCGGUCACAGCAGCGGCGGGCGCGGUUACACCAGCAAUGGUACCUACAAGACCGGUUGGUCGGGCGCGUGCGGCGAAGGCGGUAUCGCGUGGUAUCUGCUCUGCGAGUCCUGCCGCGGCGGUUACAUGAAGCGCGCCAAGCCGCCGCAGCCGCCGGCCGCCGCUUCCGGUUCCGGAUCGUCGGCUCCUCGUUCCCGGAAGACCGGCGCUCGACAGACGGUGAUCACCUACCCCGCCGCCAACGACGACGACGACGGUCAUGAUUUCUCCGACUCGGACGACGAAGGUGACGACGACCGCAAUGGCUGGAACCCCAAGCCAUUGCAGCCCAAACAGCUGCACGGAAUAAACUACAACGACGAGCUGGUCGACAGCCUACACGUGACGUUCAAAGAGAACGCCAUGUUUCUAUUGGACUUGGCCAGCACCAGCGGCGGGAGACUGACCGGCGACGAGCCGACAUCAACAUCGGGACCUUGGGCCGUUGGCGAGUUCAAAUGUCUGGGCAGCCUCGAGACUCCUGCAGCCUGUAAAGAACUGCUGCAUUCCGACACCUGCAACGAUGCACUUCUGCAACAACUUCACGACUGCGAUUCAGCGGGGAUCUCGUCCGCGGGCCAAGAUGCAGUGGAUGGAACCGUGAUGCGGAGCUUUCACCGGUCUGUGUCGAUGGACAUCGAGAAGUCACCGUUAAGACGCCAAGACAUGAUCAACCGUCGGAAACGGAUUAAUAGUGCCAUCGAUCCUGACAACGGAUUAUCACUGGUAUGUAUGCCCUCGGCGGCCCUACAGGCGCUCGUUCCCAGCGUCGACAACACUACGAUGGUGGGUUGUUCAGCCGACGGUAUAAUAUCGAACAACGAAAAUGUGUCCGAAAUAAACGUUUUCAACAGACCGUCGAUGGCGUUUAUUGUCGAAGCACACAAUUUGGCAGAUCUCAAAUGGGCGAUGAAACAAGCGGUGAGGAAAGCCGCAUGCCGCAGUUACGCUCUACAAGCACUCAACUGGUUGCUCCAUGAAGUGUCUCGAGCGUCGUGUCUGCACGAUCUCUUGUGGUGGUUUGUGAUAGCGCUAUCUGCCGAAGUCCGCACGGUGGACGGGACCAAUGACUCCACUGACCCACGAUGUCGACAUCCUCUUAGUGAUUUAUACCUAGCUGGUGAAUCCAUUUUCGUGAUCCAAAACAAAAUUUACAUGUUGAGCCACCCUAUAGCAACUUAUAAUAGGGAUCGUAAAAAGAAGCUUAAUACACCAUCCAAGUCUCAACUCAGUGAACUUUCAAGGAAUACAUUGAUAUAA